AUGUCCAGAUCCGGUGUUGCCGUUGCUGACGAAUCCUUGCAGGCCUUCAACGACUUGAAGUUGGGCAAGAAGCACAAGUUCAUUAUCUACAAGAUAAACGAUGACAAGACUGAAAUUGUUGUGGAGGAGACCUCCACCAAUCAGGAGUACGAUGCCUUUUUGGAGAAGUUGCCUGAAAACGAGUGCAAGUACGCCAUCUACGACUUUGAGUACGAGAUCGGUAAUGGUGAGGGAAAGAGAAACAAGAUUGUGUUCUUCACUUGGUCUCCAGACACCGCCCCAAUCAGAUCGAAGAUGGUGUACGCUUCUUCUAAGGACGCUUUGAGAAGAGCCUUGAACGGUGUUUCUACUGAUAUCCAGGGUACCGACUUCUCUGAGGUGGCCUACGAGUCUGUGUUGGAGAAGGUCUCCAGAGCUGCUGGCUCGCACUAA